AUGGCAAAACGAAGUCUUCCAAACCAAAGCGAUAGAAGUUUAUGCAAGAGCAGAGAACGACCUUCAUGGUUUGGCUCUUUCAGCUCCGCAUCGAAGCUUGCAUUGAAGUUUAGGCAUAUCGUAGUGGUGUCUCAGAGAAAGACAAGAUCACUGAAUAUUAGGCAAUUGCAGCAGAAGCACCAACAAGACGCCACCCCAUGCUCCAAGCUCCUCAACCUUCCACUCGAAAUUCGUUUUAUGAUAUACGACUACAUUUUCACUGCACAUGAUACUACCUAUUCUGACGUUCGUCUCACUUCCUCCCGGAAUGCCCACGAGAGUACGUUACAUAAAGCUAGACCACCAUUCGAAUAUCGCAUCACAGGUCAUCUUUGCACAGGCGAAGAAACGUUGUUUGAAUCUGGAAGAACCUGCUUGGGCCUAGCUAUUCUGAGUGCCGAUGAUAUCGCGAAUCGUAAACGAAACGAAGAUGUAAAUACGCAAUAUCAAGAGUCCAAGCUUGGGGUUAUGGCUUUGAUGCUGACCUGCCGUGCGCUAUACCACGACGUUCUUGAUAUCUUCUACGCGCAUCGGACCUGGCAGUUCAAUGACCUUGACACUCUUGUCGUUGCUGCGGCGCAUAUCCCGACACGGCAUUUCAACAACAUCCGCUCUCUUUACCUUAACGCAAAACGCAUCCCCCAGUAUGCAGACUUUACAGGCUACAUGUGGGACUUACCAAGCUCGUACCGAGAAAGGUUCACACACUUGGCUCCUCCUCCAAAGUCGCUAAUAUCGCGCAUGUUGCGUGAUAUUGACACUGGAGACGUUCGCACAUGGCAAGCAGUCUGCGAUAUUAUAGCUGGUAUGGAGUCGCUCAAGAGACUGCGAAUCCACUUAUGUAAGCCAGCUUUCAUUGUGGUGUUAGCGUGUCUACGCCCUCGUGUACAAUUUACAAGAGAGUCAUUCAUAUUUGCCCCACUGGCUGAGAUCGGGAAGAGGAGAGACCUGGAGGUAUUCGAAGUCCAGGUUGAUUGGCCAGUCGGUGAUGAUGAUGCGUGGGUUGAGGAAGCAGAAACGGGGUUUACUUUGAUAAGACUUGCCGAAGGGUCACAUCCGGGGUGGCAAUAG